CAUAACCCAGAACAUGUGAUAAUCAGAUUAACAGAAAAGUCUGUGUGUGCACGGAGGGGAAACGGCAGGGAAGGAGGCUGAUGAUCAGAAAAACUAUGUAGGGAGAAUUUUUCCGCUAUUCUCCUUCACGGGACCACAACUUGCCCGAAGUCUGUAGGCCAGUCUGCUACACUGCAGAACUCCUGCUGUGGAAAGAUAAUGUCUUUCUUCUCCAUCGGGGUCCUACUGGGCAUUCUCCCUCUCGGUUCUAGCCAGUUCCCGCGGGCGUGCGCCAAUUCAGACAGCCUGUUGACGAAGGAGUGCUGCCCAAUUUGGCCCGGAGAUGGUUCCACCUGUGGGCAGCUUUCCGGCAGAGGAUCCUGUCAAGAUAUCCUUCUUUCUGAUGCCCCGCUCGGGCCUCAGUUCCCCUUCUCGGGAGUGGAUGACCGAGAAGACUGGCCUUCCGUGUUUUACAACAGGACGUGUCAAUGCUCAGGUAACUUUAUGGGGUUCCACUGCGGCGACUGCAAGUUCAACUUUGCGGGCCCGAACUGCACCGAAAGAAAACUGCGCGUAAGGAAGGAUAUCUUCCGGAUCAGCGCCCAGGAGAAGAAUCAGUUCCUCGCUUACCUCAAUUUGGCUAAGCAUACCACCAGCCGGGACUUUGUCAUCGCCGUUGGGACGUACGCCCAGAUGAACAAUGGCUCGAACCCCAUGUUCCGAGAUAUCAACUUGUACGACCUUUUUGUCUGGAUGCACUAUUACGUGUCUCGGGACACCCUCUUGGGAGGCACCGAUGUGUGGCGGGACAUUGAUUUUGCCCACGAGGCGCCGGGUUUUCUUCCUUGGCAUCGACUCUUCUUGCUCAUGUGGGAGAACGAGAUCCAGAAGCUGACGGGAAACGACAAUUUCACCAUCCCCUACUGGGACUGGAGGGACGCCGAGAGUUGUACCAUCUGUACGGAUGAGUACAUGGGAGGACGGCACCCCACCAAUCCAGAUGUUCUCAGCCCCGCCUCGUUUUUCUCCUCCUGGCAGGUAAUUUGCAGUCGAUCGGAAGAAUAUAACGUCCGGCGAGAGCUAUGCAAUGGCACCAAUGAAGGGCCGUUACUCCGAAACCCCGGGAACCAUGAUAAAGGGCGGACCCCCAAGCUUCCAUCUUCAGCGGAUGUUGAAUUCUGCUUAAGCCUGACAGAGUACGAGGCUGGGACCAUGGACAAAUUGGCUAACUUCAGCUUCAGGAACACUCUGGAAGGUUUUGCAAAUCCAAGCACUGCAAUUUCAAAUGUGUCCCAAAGCAGUUUGCAUAACGCCUUGCACAUCUACAUGAAUGGAAGCAUGUCCCAAGUACAAGGAUCAGCAAACGAUCCCAUUUUUAUAUUGCACCAUGCCUUUGUUGACAGCAUCUUUGAACAGUGGCUCCGAAGACACCAACCCGCCCGUGAAGUUUACCCUGCAGCCAAUGCCCCCAUUGGACACAACCGGGAAUACUAUAUGGUCCCCUUCAUUCCUCUCUACAGGAAUGGAGAGUUCUUCAUUUCGUCACAAGAACUGGGCUAUGACUAUGAAUAUCUAGCAAAUCCAGACGAUCCCUUCCAGAAUUUGUUCACGCCUUAUUGGGAGCAAGCCCGUCAGAUUUGGCCCUGGCUGGUGGGAGCAGCUGUGUUGGGUGGCAUCCUCACCGCACUGAUAGCCGGAUGCACAGCUCUGGGCUGCCGGAAGAAGAAGAAGAUUUUAGAAGAGACCCAGCCGCUGCUCAUGGAUAGUGAUGACUAUCAGCACGUGACCUAUCAAUCACACUUAUAAAUGCUGCUCGGGGCCCAGCCUUCAUCCAUCGGUGCUUAUAAGGUGCUAACAGGAGUUCAGGUACAUUUCAGGUGGGCUGGGGACCCCAGAACCAACAUUUGCCACUCUCUUGUGCCCACAUUUGCAGUGAUUGAAGGUCAGUCAUUGGGUUUUCUUCCCACUCUUUCAAUUCGCGUUUAUGAAUAACGUAGCCGAAGAUUCGGGCUGCAAUUUCGAAAUUAAGCAGAAGGCACAACCGUUUGCAGGUUGUCCUGCCCGUCCCUUUUCUGAAUGGCAAAGGUUGUGGUUUGAGAUAGGCCAGGGGCUAGAAGGUGUGGGGGAACUCACUAGGCAAUAGACCGGGGAAGAAUGGGGGAAGAAAUGAUGGGUGAAUGCCCCCAUGGCUGACCUGAAAUCUCUUCCAUUCUUUGUAAGUCUUUCUGACAGGCCCUUAGAAUCACAGAGCUGGAAAGGGCCACACAGGGAUCAUCCUAAAGCCUAUGACCCUGCAGAUGUUCAUGGACACAAUUCCCAUCUGUUCUGCCAAUUGGCCAUGCUGACAGGAGCUGAUGGGAAUCAUGGUCCAUGAAUAUCUGGAGAGCCAUAGGUUGGAGACUCCUGACCUACAGCAUCCCUGACAAGUGUUCGUCCAGCUGCUACUUGAAGACUGCCAGAGAGAGGGAAUCCACCACCUCCUUAGGCAGCUGCUGAAUUACUCUGUUUUUUAAAUAUCCAGUUGUACCUUUCCGCUCAUAAGUUAAACACACUAUUGCAACUCCUGCCCUCUGAUGCCAUCAGGAACAGCUCCCUGCCCUCCUCUAAGUGACAGCCUUUAAAACACUUAAAAGAGAUGAACAGAGGGCCUUUGCCAUUGCCUGCCUCCGCAUAGCAGCCCUGGGGACUUCUGUGGUGGUCUCCCAUCAAAGUGGUGCCCAAGGCUGACCCUGCUUUCCUUCCAAGAUUUGACAAGACUGGGCUUAUAUACUGUUCUGUAUGUUGAAAACUGGUCAUCGUAUUUAUAUUCCUAAGGUCAAAUGUGUUUCUUGGGCCUUUCUGGACAUGUAACAUUAUAAAGUACCGUCUUCUGCCUUAAAAAAGCAAAAGGCUUUGCCUACAGAACCAAAGAUUGCCCCUCUUUUUAUACCCUUUGUCAACCUCCUGCUUCACGUAGCCCCUGGUUAACAAUCGUAACGGUUACUUCUCAUCCCAUUGACUUUGGUGCAUUUAUAAGGGUGAAUAAAUGAAAUGAAACGUAACUGUGCUGAGGUUGUUAUUCAAAUAAAAUCAGUAUUAUAUUA